GGAUGCAAGUCAGGAAAAGAUCUUAUUCUAAAACACUAAUUUCCAGGGAGGGUAACUUCACCAUCUCUGAGCGCUAUACAUUCAGAGACUGUAAAACAGUAAUGAUAUUCUUACUGAGUAGCAAGCAUUUACUGUGGGAAGAACAAGGUUUGAGCACCAUUAGAAAGCAUGGUAUGGGCCGGGCACAGUGGCUCACACCUGUAAUCCCAGCACUUUGGGAGGCUGAGGCGGGUGGAUCACCUGAGGUUGGGAGUUCAAGACCAACCUGACCAACAUGGAGAAACACUGUCUCUACUAAAAAUACAAAAAGUAGCCAGGUGUGGUGGCAGGCACCUGUAAUCUCAGCUACUCGGGAGGUUGAGGCAGGAGAAUCGCCUGAACCCGGGAGGCGGAGGUUGCAGUGAGCCGAGAUCGUGCCAUUGCACUCCAGCCUGGCAACAAGAGCAAAACCCUGUCUCAAAAAAAAAAAAGAAAAAAAAAAGAAAGGCUGGUAUGGCUGGGAGUGGUGGCUCACACCUUAAUCCCAGCACUCUGGAAGGCUGAGACAGUAGUUGAGCUCAGUAGUUUGAGACCAGCCUGGGCAACAUGGUGAAACUCUGUCUCUACAAAAAACACAAAAAUUAGCCGGGUGUGGUGGCACACGCCUGCAGUCCCAGCUACUCGGGAGGCUGAGGCAAGAGAAUCCUUUGAGCCCACGAGGUGGAGCUUGCAGUGAGCUGACAUCCAGCCAUUGCACUCCAGCCUGGGCAACACAGCAAGACUCUGUCUUGAAAGAAAAAAAAAGAAGAAGAGAGAGAAAAAAAAGAAGGAUGGUAUGAAAUAAUUGAGAUACGCUCUUAAUGUAAGAGAUCCUUACCACCAGUUGGGGAGCCAGAACAUUCAAAUGUAACCUCAGGAACGUAUCAGUGAGUGCAAAAUAACAGAGUAAUGGUAUGAAAUUAAAUGCUUAAGUGGUGAGGGGCUACAAAGAAGUAAUGUGAACCAUUUUCAAAUAAGUUCUUAUGUGCAGUUCAACCUAAGUAGGUUAUCAAAGGUAUUUAUACUAAGCACUAAAAGCUAAGUAUUAAAUACUAAAAGCUGCCUGUGUCAGCACUGGCCCAGGACAUCCCCAAGGAGAGUGCUGGCUAAAGGUCUGGAACUUUAACUCUUUAGAGUUCUUUACUUAGCACAUCAAUCAGAUGUUUACUUUCUGCUUCUUUGUUCUUUAGCCCUGCUCCUGGGGGAAAUCUCCAUCUUAACGGGGCCUCAGUUUGAAAUUGGGGUUCGGGAUCCUAACUUAAUGACUGAGCGUGCUUGGGUUCCACCCAGUCGCAAUUGGCCAAGAUUUGGUCCUCUCAAGGCCUUUCCUCCGGAGAGAUUAAUUCCUCAACGCCUGCUCUCCACUUUCCAGCCUUUUCUUAAGGCGCUUCUUUCAGCCUAGUAUCUGUGACCAACUUCUCCUUCCUAGGCCCUCUCAUUAUUAUUUAAAUGUCCAUUCUUUUGGGGGCUUCAACUUCACUAAAAACAUUCCUUCCUCUUCCUCCGCCUCGUAACUCUCUGCUCAAGCAUCUGGAUUCCAGAGGUCAUUUGAGCUAAGUGGGGUUCAAAGCUUUUCUGACUCUGGUACUGCAUUCCCCACUUUCAAAUCACAUUUUUCACCCCAGGGCCCCCAGUGGUCUCAAACCCAAACACAGUGCGGGAAGGAAGUGGGCGCUCGCCACAGAGUUAAAUUGGGAAUUCUUUGAGCUGCAGCUUCUGGAGAAUGGUUUUGCCUCCUCCCCGCGACAUCAACUAACUCACUUGCUGUUAGCUAAGGGCAAGGACAAUGUCUCCUCUACCAGACAGGAAACUUGAUGGCGGACGCUAUCCUUUAGUUCCUUUUUCAAUUCCCCAUUCCCAUCCCUUCGAGACCAGGAUGGUUCUUAAAAUACAAACUUUCUUUUACAAAACAUCCCUCCGCAACUUUGAGUUUAUAUAAUAAACGGAAACGUCCUUUAAACAAUCAGGCUACGAAGGGGUUAAAUCUAAUCUCAGCAACCUGAUGGGUUCUGGGGGGUUUCCUUCCUCGACUCUAGAAAUUAAAACGACCGGGAAGAGAAAUUUUGCCCAAGGUAAAGAUGAGAACCGUUUACAUCAACUGUCAGGCUUCUGCCCCAAACAAGAAUGGCUACCCACGCCCACAAACAGAGCCACUCACGUAACUAAAAAAUGGUUGGCUCCGGGUUCCACCACUGGAGUCACUUUCUGCCCAACUUCAAAAUGGCGCUCACUAGCUUCACCAAAAUGAUCGAACCUCCCAGCACCCUCUCUGGCCCGUAAUGUCAGGUGACGCGAGACCCAGCCGGAAGUGAAGGAAAAAGCGCUUCAGCCCGCGGCGCCUGCGCAGAACGCUCCAGACGCUGAGAGGCAGGAGGCACUAGGGAUCGUCCGCAGGAUUGGGACUGCUACAGAGGCCGCCACGGAGCCCGCCGGAGCCACCGUUCCUGCUGCUGCUGCCGCCGCUGCCCGAAUCGGAAGCGUCGGGCCGCAGCCGCCGGCAAUGCCGCGAAGGAAGAGGAAUGCAGGCAGUAGUUCAGAUGGAACCGAAGAUUCCGAUUUUUCUACAGAUCUCGAGCACACAGACAGUUCAGAAAGUGAUGGCACAUCCCGACGAUCUGCUCGAGUCACCCGUUCCUCAGCCAGGCUAAGCCAGAGUUCUCAAGAUUCCAGUCCUGUUCGAAAUUUGCAGUCUUUUGGCACUGAGGAGCCUGCUUACUCUACCAGAAGAGUGACCCGUAGUCAGCAGCAGCCUACCCCAGUGACACCGAAAAAGUACCCUCUUCGGCAGACUCGUUCAUCUGGCUCAGAAACUGAGCAAGUGGUUGAUUUUUCAGAUAGAGAAACUAAAAAUACAGCUGAUCAUGAUGAGUCACCGCCUCGAACUCCAACUGGAAACGCACCUUCUUCUGAGUCUGACAUAGACAUCUCCAGCCCCAAUGUGUCUCACGAUGAGAGCAUUGCCAAGGACAUGUCCCUGAAGGACUCAGGCAGUGAUCUCUCUCAUCGCCCCAAGCGCCGUCGCUUCCAUGAAAGCUACAACUUCAAUAUGAAGUGUCCUACACCAGGCUGUAACUCUCUAGGACACCUUACAGGAAAACAUGAGAGACAUUUCUCCAUCUCAGGAUGCCCACUCUAUCAUAACCUCUCAGCUGACGAAUGCAAGGUGAGAGCACAGAGCCGGGAUAAGCAGAUAGAAGAAAGGAUGCUGUCUCACAGGCAAGAUGACAACAACAGGCAUGCAACCAGGCACCAGGCACCAACGGAGAGGCAGCUUCGAUAUAAGGAAAAAGUGGCUGAACUCAGGAAGAAAAGAAAUUCUGGACUGAGCAAAGAACAGAAAGAGAAAUAUAUGGAACACAGACAGACCUAUGGGAACACACGGGAACCUCUUUUAGAAAACCUGACAAGCGAGUAUGACUUGGAUCUUUUCCGAAGAGCACAAGCCCGGGCUUCAGAGGAUUUGGAGAAGUUAAGGCUGCAAGGCCAAAUCACAGAGGGAAGCAACAUGAUUAAAACAAUUGCUUUUGGCCGCUAUGAGCUUGAUACCUGGUACCAUUCUCCAUAUCCUGAAGAAUAUGCACGGCUGGGACGUCUCUAUAUGUGUGAAUUCUGUUUAAAAUAUAUGAAGAGCCAAACGAUACUCCGCCGGCACAUGGCCAAAUGUGUGUGGAAACACCCACCUGGUGAUGAGAUAUAUCGCAAAGGUUCAAUCUCUGUGUUUGAAGUGGAUGGCAAGAAAAACAAGAUCUACUGCCAAAACCUGUGCCUGUUGGCCAAACUUUUUCUGGACCACAAGACAUUAUAUUAUGAUGUGGAGCCCUUCCUGUUCUAUGUUAUGACAGAGGCGGACAACACUGGCUGUCACCUGAUUGGAUAUUUUUCCAAGGAAAAGAAUUCAUUCCUCAACUACAACGUAUCCUGUAUCCUUACUAUGCCUCAGUACAUGAGACAGGGCUAUGGCAAGAUGCUUAUUGAUUUCAGUUAUUUGCUUUCCAAAGUCGAAGAAAAAGUUGGCUCCCCAGAACGUCCACUCUCAGAUCUGGGGCUUAUAAGCUAUCGCAGUUAUUGGAAAGAAGUACUUCUCCGCUACCUGCAUAAUUUCCAAGGCAAAGAGAUUUCUAUCAAAGAAAUCAGUCAGGAGACAGCUGUGAAUCCUGUGGACAUUGUCAGCACUCUGCAAGCCCUUCAGAUGCUCAAGUACUGGAAGGGAAAACACCUAGUUUUAAAGAGACAGGACCUGAUUGAUGAGUGGAUAGCCAAGGAGGCCAAAAGGUCCAACUCCAAUAAAACCAUGGAUCCCAGCUGCUUAAAAUGGACCCCUCCCAAGGGCACUUAAAGUGACCUGUCAUUCCGAGCCAGCGAACCCCAGCAGUAGGAAUCCGUACCCUAGGGAUCUGUCUGUCAUUUCUGUUGCUCUUGUGAUUGGCAAGUACAGUAUCCUUUGGGAAGGCCAUCCCCCUCAGGACUGUCCUGGCUCCGACCUUUGUGUACACUGCAGACGCUGGUUCUGAGGAACUGUUGUUUCGGCCUCAGUGAGGUUGCCUGGAUGGGAUCUGUAUUAGACUUGAGUGCAGGUCUCUCAGCACUGACCCAAGGAGUUCUGUUAUGGUACUGUACCUGUCCAGUCACUGGUUCUCUCCUCAUGUCCUCUUGCCCCAUGAGGUUGUGUUGUGUCUUCUAAGCGUGGUACUAGUGCUUGCCACCUGGUCACCAGACCUCCAAAUAUGGCUGCCACCACCAGGACCUUUCCAGUUACUCCUUAUAUGUGUGUUCUAUGGAGGGGCAGGGAAAAGUUGGCACUUGUGAGUGUGUGUGGAUUGGCAGGGGUUCCAUUCACUUUGGGUUCCAUCUUGCUUUAAAUUUCUUUCCUUCAUUUUGAUUAAGAGACCUUUUUUUGAUCUGUAUUGGGCUAACCAGAGCCAAAUACUUUUGAAGAGUUUCCCAGGGACUAGUCAUGGUAAUAACAUAUAAUUGAUCUGUAUGAGAUGGAGAGAAGAAUGAAGGGGUGGUGGUUCUGGGUUUGAUUUGAGUUCACCUGUGGGCAGUGGGCAGUGUCCUGGUGAAAGGGAGCGGAUACUACUUUUUGCCUCACUGUAAAGUACUCACUAGUAAAUAUUUCCUUCUCUCUUUACUCCCACUUUUUACGUUUGCAGGUGCCAAAAGUAAUGUCCACUUCUCCCUUUCAUGCUGCAUAUUAACUGGUUAAUUAUACUGCAGAAACCUUUUCACCUCCACUAGUCUGAUACAGUACAUCUGUACUUCCAUAUACCUUGCACUGAUUUUGUCUGAAUGCCCUGGGAGAAGUUGAAAAUGAUUGAAAGUGACUUCCGUAUCUCAGCCCAUGACUCAGCAAGGCAGAAUGGCCACCCCUGCCAAGGUUUGCUUCUCUUUUCAACAGUGCCUCACCCUCCCUCUAGGAUUAAAGUGCUUCUGCCCUUCCACGAACUUCUCCUCCAUUUCCUUUUUGGGAUUUGUCACCAUCCUUCUAUUCUCUGGUCUUCUAUUUUUGGUGUUGUUCAAGUGAAGGAAGAGAUGUUCCCUCUAAUUUCUCUCUAGCCCAUUAUAACCUGCUAUCUUGGGGCAACUUUUGAUGUAUGACAUGUCACCCUUCCCAACUUGGUCUCCUCCAACAUGCUGUCUUCAUGUGGAGCCCUCACCACAAUCCCUGACUCCGGUCAUUUGUGCCUUUCUCUUGUCAUCUCUGUACACUACUUAUAUUCACUGUGGGUUGGGGGAGCUAAUUUUAAGCAUGUUCAGUGGCAGCUCCCCUCCAGUUUCAGUGUCACUGUUAAAAUUUAUCCAAAAGCAACUUCACUAGGGGUUUUCUUAAGGGAUAAAGGCCUUUUACAGAAGCUAAACCCUUCCCCACAUGUGGUAGAAUGUGCUCUUCUAUAUCUACUCCUCAAUAAAGCAUGUUCUCUGCUCAA